AUGUCUAUCCGCGAGGAUCUAGUGACCUCUGCAAUUCAAUUUCUACAAGACCCAAGCGUCGCGUCAUCAUCGGUCGAAAGCCGCAUCUCGUUCCUUCGAAGCAAGAACUUGACGCAAGAGGAAAUCGACGUCGCGCUAUCUCGAACAGGUGGCAGCGCACCAGCAGCUCCCAGUGCGCCCUUUCCCAGCGCGCCCGCCGGCCCUCCUCCUGGUCAACAAUACUAUCCCCCCUAUCCACAACAUGCCUGGCAACCACCACCACCUCCUCCGCGCAGGGACUGGAGGGAUUGGUUCAUCAUGGCUACGGUAGUUGGAGGAGUGUCUUAUGGUCUCUACGAGCUCGGCAAGCGUUACGUAUACCCCAAUGUAGCACCCCCGACACCGGAGAAGCUAGAACAGGACAAGAAAUCAAUCGAGGACCAGUUCGACCGAGCUUUUACACUGGUUGAGCAACUUGCAAAGGAUACGGAGAGCUUAAAGAAUGCCGAGAAGGAGAGAACCGAGAAGCUAGAUACGGCGAUCGCGGAUCUCGAGACAGUUAUGACUGAUCUCAAGGCUUCCAACCGACGACGCGAGGACGAUGCGAACCGAAUCAGGGACGAGGUCCAGUCUCUCAAGGACGCGAUUCCCAAGGCUCUCGAGAACCAAAAGUCCCUGACUGAUAACCGCCUGCGCGAAAUCAACAGUGAGCUUACCAGCCUCAAGACAUUGGUUUCUCAGCGCAGCGCCACCGCGAGCUCCUCAACCAUGAACUACAUGCGAAAUGCUGGCGGUAGCGUGGGCACUCCUGCUGCCGCUGCUCCUACUCCUGGUGCUUCUACUUCUGCUGCUCCGAUCAACGGAGAAAAGGCGGCAGUUCAGUCGGCCACCACUACCCCUGUGGCCGAGGUUCCCAAGCCAACAUUCCCCUCCGCUCCUCAGCUUAACCGUUCAUCCUCCCCUCUUGCCAACAUGACGGGCAAGAAAUCUAUUCCGGCCUGGCAGAUGGCCAUGGCCAACCAGAAUGAUACUUCUUCGACUCAAGUCAAGGCCGACGAGUCCAAGGCUGGCGCAAGUUCAAGCUCUUGA